AAUAGCCAUGUGGAUCUCUAAUAUCUGGUUUGACACAUUAUAUCCGGGGUACUUGUGGUACUGAGUGUGUGGUAGAGAUGGCGUCUCUUGAGUUGUUUAAAUUGCUGACUGAUCCUACGGGGCUGAACUUAGUUGUUCUACCCGUGCUUCCAGUGGAAAGAAGAGUGGAUACAACGAAUGUUUUUACUUUUACACCGCGCAGGGUUUGCUUUACCAGGGAACAUGACUUUUUUGAAGAUGGAGAUGUGCACCGGCAUUUGUAUCUCCAAGAUAUGCUGACAAACCUUGGAGAAGUGCAAGAAAAACCCAAGGUGGCAGAAUUCCAGUGCCAAACGGCAGGCUGCUCUCAGGUCUUUGACACCCUUGAGUCAUACGAGCAUCAUUAUAACACACUCCAUAGAAAUGUGUGCGCUUCCUGCAAACGUUCCUUCCCGUCCGUCAGACUCCUUGACAUUCACAUCCUUGAGUGGCAUGAUUCGCUUUUCCAAAUCAUGGCAGAGAAAGCCAACAUGUAUCAGUGUUUGGUGGAGGGAUGUCAGGAGAGGUUCAAAACUAGUGCCGAUCGGAAAGACCACUUGAUUAAAAUUCACCUCUAUCCAUCAGAUUUUCGCUUUGACAAGCCCAAGAAACAACAAUGUAAACCCAAACAAAGGAGCCCAAUAAAAAAUGUGCCCGUGGCUAUGGAAGUUGUGUCUGGAGAUGGCCUUGUAGUGGAAUCCAUGGAGACCUGUUCUUCUCAAGGAAAUCAAGGAUCUACAGAAAACUACAGCGCAGGAAGUGCUAGAAUAUCAUCUAAUCCUCAGAACAAAAAUAGGGUCCCUUCUACGAUUUGCUUUGGUCAUGGAUCUGCUAGAGGAUUUAAACACACAAAGAAAAAGAAAUAAAGUCAAUUUUGUUUACUUACAAUAAAAACUCGUUAAGAGAGAAGAGAAUGUAAAUUCUUCUGGAACAUGAACAUGUAUGAACGCAAAAUAUUUCGCAUUACCAGUACUAGGGCUUGUGCGAACAAGAAGCAGUGUGAACACACUAAGAACAUACUUAUUUCUCAUCUGCUGUUUUAAAAAUCUUGAAAGCACUCAGACACUUUUCACUAUUUUUAUAUCCAAUGAGUGAUAUAUAAUGUAUUUACAACAUAAAAAAUGUUUUGUUUUUUUCUUUAAAUAUUAAUUGGCAGGUGUACAGCAUAAAUUAAUUUCUGCCUUGAACACUUUGGUGGGCUAUUUUGAGAAAUACAAUUUAAAAGAAAGAUCUCUCAAUAGUUGACAAUAUUUUAAUCUAAACCAGAUAAAACGGUAAUGAUGUUGUUCUCUUGUUUUAAUUUUCAGUGGGGUUUCUGAUACCUCAGAAUGUGGAAAAAGGCAGCCGCUAGCAGUGUUCAGCUCUUCUGAGACGGAUUUUGUGGAUUUGCACAAAGCUUAGUGUGUUGCACGUUCACAAGAAGAAAUCCAGCUCCGAAAAGAGCUGAGCACCACUAGCCGGAAGGCUUUUUCCACAUUUGGAGUAUAUAUUAAUUGUUUGCAAAUAGCUCCUUUACAUGUUUUUUUCAUUUGAAAUAGCUGCCUUUGCUUGUUUAAACUAGCACCCAUACUGAAAAUAUAAAUUCUGCAGAAAAAGGUAUGUAAAAAAAAAAAAAAAGAGGUUAGCCCAUUUGAAAGAGUUCCUUACAGUGAACUCUAAUCAGCUUGUUGUCUGAGUACAUUGUCCCUUUAAUCAUCAGUUAAUCAAGCAGUGGUUUGGUCAUUUUGAUAGUCUACAUAUAGUUUGUGACCACUAGAAAGUGAGAACCAGUUCAAUUCCUUUAUAUUUUACUUGUUCAUAGCUUGAUUGACUACAGGCAUUUGUAUAUAGUUACAAAUCCAAAAUUAUUCUGCCUGUGUCUUUGGUUUGUUUAUUGUGAUCUAAAAUGCAAAUGCUAGUCUAUAUUUAUAUAAUACAACUCCUUUUGGAAUAUUUUUCCGGGUGAUUUGUAUAGAAAAGCAUUAACUAUUAUAUAAAUCUACCUUUAGGUUGUAUGUAUAAGUAUCAUAAGAUACUGUUGUUUACACUUGGUCCCAUCUUCUCUCCAUACUUUCCCAAUCUUCAGAUACAAAUAUAUAAAUAUUCUUAAAUUCAAACUAUUCCACGAUCCAACAUUUUUUUUCCAGUCCCAAGCAGAUUGGACAAAGUGUUUUGUAGAUGUAUUUGUACAUACAGGGAAUGAGUUAAGUUGCAGUAUUGUUUUGGUUACUGAAUCUUCGUUUGUUCCUUCCUAUUUUUCAUUGCUUCUUUAUUAUAUUUUUGAUAACAAAAUAUAAACGUAUUUAUCAAACUG